AUGCAGAUUUUUGACGCAGUGGAGCAUAUGGCGAUCUACUUCGUCAAGGAUUAUUCGAAUCAGCAGAAUACACAGACGGAAGCAGAGGACGCGGUCAAGAAUCGCUUCUCCCGCGAAGUACGCUUACUGGCCAAGGUUCUCAAGAAGUUGGAUCUCUUGACAUUGAUUGCCAAUGCAAAGAGACCUGUAGAUGAGUUCGAACAGCUUGGUGACGGGCCAUGUGCUUUCUUGCCAGACUAUGCAACGUACGCAGCCGCUAGGCAUCAGCGCACGCUGCCUCGCUCAGACUCUGAAGCAGAACGCGAAGAGAAUGAGCUCCCCGUGCUGAUGGAGAGUAUUGGACAAGAGCUUGGUCCAGCAGAGAUCUCGCGCAAUGAUUUCUUUUCCUGGGACUUCAACAUUGCAGAGUUGAAUAUCGGGCAACGAGCUUCCCUUGCACGGUGUUUGGUGACGAUGUUUGACACAUCUCCGGGGUUCAACGAAAGACAAGCGGUCAGUCUCACCAGAUACACCUGCCACUGUGAGUUCGUGAAGGAAUUAGAGCAUCAAUUUCGAGAUGAGGAGGAAGUUCCGUUUCAUAACUGGAUCCAUGCAGUCGAUGUGGCUUUCUCGCUGCACAUCGUCUUUCACGUUACCUCUGCGGCCAACUUCCUUGCACUCCAUGAACGCCAUGCCCUCAUGCUGGCAGCUCUCGCACAUGAUGUUGGUCACUUUGGUGUCAACAACAGCUUUCUUUGCGACUCCAGUCACGAGCUGGCGUUGUUGUACAACGACCAGUCCUGCCUGCAGAACAUGUCCUGUGCCAAGCUUUUCCGGCUCGCGAGUUCUCCUGAAACAGCGAUCUUCAAUAACUUCGACGAGCCCACUCGUCGAGAUGUUCGUCAGGUCAUCGUCAGCGCGAUUCUGCACUGCGAUCCGGCGUGCCACGAGUCUCUGAUGGCGCACAUGUUGCGGCACUAUGAGAUUCAACAAGACCUCUUCGAGUACAUCCAUCAGUUGUUGAGGGAACACGACGAAGAGAAGCAGGAAGUCUUGGCCAAAGCCAAUGCGGAGGUGGAGGAGUACUUUUGGAACGCGGAUGUGAAGUACACUCUUCGGAACUUUCUGCUGCACUUCACGGACAAUUCCUACUCCCUGAAAACCUGGGAGAUUUGUUCGACCUGGGCAGCACGUGUCUCCGAGGAGUUUUUCAAGCAGGCUGACAGGGAGCGGAUCUGCAAGAUGCCUAUAGGACCGUUGAAUGACCGGGCGCGGGUCAACGUGCCAUUCGUCCAGGUCACCUUCAUCAAGCAUCUGGUUGCACCGCAAGCAAUUCUGAUCGUUAAGAUGCUCCCGAGCAUGCGUGGCUGCACGCGCUCAAUGUGGCACAACCUCCAGAGGUGGGCCUCCAAGUGGGAGCGGAGCGGCCCAGACCAUGAUGAGAUGCAGAGGGUUCGCAGAGAGAUCACGCAGCUACAUUGGGAGGCCAAUGAGGAGGAGGAAGCAGUAGAGGCUGUGAAGACGGAGCAGGAAGUGCGAUUUGAGAAGAUGCUCCUGCAAUUUCUCAACUUGGUAUGGAAGCUUCUCAUCGUUGUCAUUGACUGUAGCUAUGGACCGCGGCUGUCCAAUCCACCGAGGUCGAUUCGUGCGCUGAAGGCAAAGCUGGCUGCCGCACUCGGCAUCGAGGCAUUGUCAAAGCAAUCUGGCACUGGUGGCGCAGAGGCAGCAUCUGCACAAGCAAUCGUCUCGGGUGUUGAAGGGCCUCAAAGACAUCUAAUCGAACAGGACGAUGACCUGUGUGGCUUUUGGGACAGAGUAGCGACCAAUCCUGGUGUGUCUGAGGCGGAUGCAGAGGAGGUACGUAGAAUAAGCAAGUCUCUGACGGUUCCUACGUCCUCUUUGCCCGGAACUAUGCAGCACACCUGGGGCUCGUCUCACGUGCAGCCGACCCGCAGCAAUUCCCGAUCAUCCCAGCAGCCACUGGUGAGUUUGCCUGGCAUGGUUUUGGCGAAGCAGGCGGCUGGGACGUUGAUGCAAAGCUCAACACCACAGCGUCAUGGAGAUCACCGAGCCAGUUGUCUGCCAACCAUUGACACGUCGGCAUUGGAUGCGCAGAUCAAGCAGCUGGAGGAGCGGUGCGAGGAUGCUGAAGUGAAGCUUGCGACUAGCCAGCAGCAAUUAGAGUCCGCUUCUGCCGAGCUUGAAGUCCUGGAGAUGGAACUAAAAGUUGCAAGGGACGCCAAUCAAGCAAGCGAGGAGAAGAUCUCGCAGCUGGAAGAUCUUUCCGCCCAGUUGCAGGAGCAGAAUCUGGGCUUCAUCAAGACUUUUGAAGAGCAGCUGGAGCAUGCAAGAAAAGACAUCAGACAAGAGGUAACAGAUCAAUACCAGGGCGCCUUGGACAACCAAGCGAAAAAGUUGCACGAGGCUGAAAGCCAUGUCAGAAGACUGGAAGGUCAGCUUCGGGUCACUCUGGACAAGAUCAAAGACCUGGAAGCUGGAGUCCGUCAAGAGCGUAGCAACGCUCGCAGGAGUGAGGCAGCACUGGCUGGCGAACAUGCAAAGAUCGAGGAGAUGUCAUCGAAGCUGCACUGGCAGGCGGCGCGGCUCAGACAAUUGGAGUUCUACGCCAACACGUGGCAACGGAAAGUCCACGAGCUGGCUGAAUCCAAUGCCAUUCGAGUUCUCACUGAGCCUGCAAACAUGCAUUCGUUUCGCGUUUCGAAUUUCUCCGAGAAGAUGAGGUGGCCGAAAGGACGCAUGGUGCAAAGCCCUGAAUUCAACAUACCGGAGUUGGGAGAAACUCAGCUGGAGUUCUUCCCGGCUGGAGAGAUAAAUUCUCGGCCCGGCUGGUGCUCAGUAAGGCUUCGUGUUCCUGACGGAUCUCGCAUGCGUUGGCGGGUAACUGUGGGCAACAAGGAAUUCGAUCCGCGGGAAGACCACUAUGAUGCACGCCAGUGGUGGAACAGAUAUGGCAUCCAGUGCCUGAACUUUUGCCAGGCCGACGAUCUUUUGGCAGAGGUCAUGCCCGAAUCGGACUCGGUAGUGCUAGGUGUGCAGGUUCUGGAGAUAUUUUCGACCGCUGUUGUUCCCGCAGCCCCUGUGGUCCCUGUGGAAGUCGAUCGUGAGGAGGCGAAGCCUGCGAGGCCAGGCACCGCCCCGCAGCGUCAUGUUGAGAGUCCUCGGAGACCCUCGAAUGCCAGCCAGGUGCCACCUCCCACCAUCAGCAGCAUCAAGGAUGCACCUGUUGCCCGAUCGCAGCCGCAGCUUCCAAAGCCUGCGUAUGCCUUUGCCGCCGGUACUGCUUCCGCUGCUGCUGCAGCUGCAGCUUUCGUGGUGAAGAGUGGCAACUUGCCACCUGCUGUGGCUGCCAGCCGAGGGCUUCACAGGCAGCGUAGCUUCGGUGCCCUCCGCGCAAACAAAGUGCUGUGA